AUGGCGGGGUGCGGCUCGGCGCUCUGCGGCUGCUGCCCGCGCUGCUGCGGCGAGCGGGAGAGCCGCACCCCCGAGGAGCUGACCAUCCUAGGAGAAACUCAUGAAGAAGAGGAUGAGAUCCUUCCACGCAAAGACUAUGAGAGCUUGGAUUAUGAUCGUUGCAUUAAUGACCCAUACCUGGAAGUUUUGGAGAGCAUGGAUAAUAAGCAGAAAGCCCGGAGAUAUGAAGCAGUGAAGUGGGUGAUGGUUUUUGCCAUUGGAGUCUGCACGGGACUGGUAGGCCUCUUUGUGGAUUUCUUUGUACGACUCUUUACCCAGCUCAAGUUCCAGAUAGUACAAAACUCGGUGGAGGAAUGCACUGAGAAAGGGUGUCUCGCCCUGUCGCUGCUGGAGCUGCUGGGGUUCAACCUGACCUUUGUCUUUCUUGCUAGUCUUCUGGUCCUGAUCCAGCCUGUGGCAGCUGGAUCAGGAAUCCCUGAGAUUAAGUGCUACUUGAAUGGAGUAAAGGUUCCAGGGGUUGUGCGUCUCCGGACAGUGGUGUGCAAGGCUAUGGGAGUGCUCUUCAGUGUCGCAGGAGGUCUCUUUGUGGGGAAGGAGGGUCCAAUGAUCCACAGUGGUGCUGUCGUGGGUGCUGGUUUACCACAGUUUCAGAGCAUCUCUUUGAGGAAGAUCCAGCUUAACUUUCCCUAUUUCCGCAGUGACAGAGACAAAAGGGACUUUGUGUCUGCUGGAGCUGCUGCAGGGGUUGCAGCUGCCUUUGGGGCCCCAAUUGGAGGCACUCUUUUCAGCUUGGAAGAAGGCUCCUCUUUCUGGAACCAGGGGCUUACAUGGAAAGUGCUCUUCUGUUCCAUGGCUGCCACCUUCACUUUGAAUUUCUUCCGCUCUGGGAUUCAGUUUGGGAGUUGGGGGUCUUUCCAGCUCCCUGGGCUGCUGAACUUUGGGGAAUUUAAGUGCUCUGAGUCUGAUAAAAAAUGCCACCUYUGGACAGCUGUGGACUUGGGUUUCUUCAUUCUGAUGGGGAUUGUAGGAGGUCUUCUUGGAGCCACCUUCAAUUGCUUGAACAAGAGACUUGCAAAGUACCGUAUGCGGAAUGUGCAUCCCAAGCCAAAGCUGGUCAGAGUCUUGGAGAGCCUGCUAGUGGCACUGACUACUACAGUUGUGGUCUUUGUAGCUUCCAUGGUUCUGGGGGAAUGCCGGCAGAUGUCUUCCACCAGUCAUAGUGGCAAUGGUACUCUGAGCUUGCAGAGUAUGUCAGAGGAUGUGAAUUCAAGCAUCAAAACUUUUUUCUGCCCAAAUGAAACCUACAAUGAUAUGGCAACGCUCUUCUUCAACCCACAGGAGUCAGCUAUUCUGCAGCUCUUCCACCAGGAUGGUACUUUCAGCCCAGUCACACUCUCCUUGUUCUUCCUUCUCUAUUUCUUACUCUCCUGUUGGACCUACGGGAUCUCUGUACCCAGUGGUCUUUUUGUGCCAUCACUGCUUUGUGGGGCUGCCUUCGGACGCCUGGUCGCCAACCUCCUCAAAAGCUAUAUUGGCUUGGAUCACAUCUACUCAGGAACCUUUGCACUGAUUGGGGCAGCAGCCUUCCUGGGAGGAGUGGUCCGCAUGACAAUCAGCUUGACAGUCAUCCUGAUCGAAUCCACCAAUGAGAUCACCUAUGGACUCCCAAUAAUGAUCACCCUCAUGGUAGCCAAAUGGACAGGAGACUUUUUCAACAAAGGCAUUUAUGACAUCCAUGUGAACCUGCGAGGAGUGCCCCUUCUGGAGUGGGAAACGGAGGUGGAAAUGGAUAAGCUGCGAGCCAGUGACAUCAUGGAACCCAACCUGACCUAUGUGUACCCCCAUACCCGGAUCCAGUCCCUUGUGAGCAUCCUUCGUACCACUGUCCAUCAUGCCUUCCCUGUAGUGACUGAGAACCGUGGCAAUGAGCGGGAGUUCAUGAAGGGAAAUCAGCUGAUAAGCAACAACAUCAAAUUCAAGAAAUCUAGCAUCCUUACCCGAGCAGGAGAGCAGCGCAAGAGGAGUCAGUCCAUGAAAUCUUACCCUUCAAGCGARUUGCGUAACAUGUGUGACGACCACAUAACAACAGAGGAGCCACCGGAAAAGGAGGAUCUCUUGCAGCAGAUGCUGGAGAGAAGAUAUACCCCCUAUCCCAACCUGUACCCUGACCAGUCACCCAGUGAAGAGUGGACCAUGGAGGAACGUUUCAGACCUUUGACCUUCCAUGGCAUGAUCUUGCGCUCGCAGCUCGUYACUCUCCUUGUCAGGGGAGUUUGUUACUCCGAGAGCCAGUCGAGUGCGAGUCAGCCUCGUCUGUCCCACGCAGAGAUGUUAGAGGAUUAUCCUCGCUAUCCAGAUAUCCAUGACCUGGACCUCACGUUGCUGAACCCUCGCAUGAUAGUGGAUGUCACACCAUACAUGAACCCGUCACCAUUUGCUGUCUCUCCAAACACUCAUGUGUCACAAGUCUUCAACCUCUUCAGGACAAUGGGACUCAGACAUUUGCCAGUUGUGAAUGCAGUGGGAGAGAUUGUUGGGAUAAUCACUCGGCACAACCUGACCCACGAAUUUCUGCAGGCAAGAUUGCGACAACACUAUCAGACCAUUUGAUGCCCCUACGUGCCCUUUGGCUACCUCCUUCUUCCAAGCCUGCACAUGCGCUCGCAUUCUUCUUGGGCCCACAAGGCCCAAGACUUGCCGUUGGCUUCUCACAUGCAUAUCAAGCCUGGGAACCUGGAAAACAUCUUGCUAACCAGAGAAUUAGAGGAGCUGCCUGAGYCCAGAGCUGUUGACUGGUCUCAAGCACUUGGUUUGACCACUCCUAAUCCAUUUUUUUUUCUCUUCCUGUGCCCCAGCCAUCUCCCUUCAUCAGAUGUUGUCCUGACAUUGUACUUUCUACUGCUUUGUUUUGGGUUGGGCUACUUGAGAUGGUUGGAAAAAAGGAUCAUAUCGUUCCAGUGUAUCCUGUGCAGAGAACUGCAGCAUCUUUUCUCUGCCCAUCUCCUCUUUGUCUCCCUUUUCCUCUUCCUCCCUUGUUCCUGCAACUGUUGCCUUAUUUAUGUGAGAAAGAGAUUGCUGGCAAGCCAAGGCUAGGAGGAGACAUGGCAGUUUGAAGUUCCAGGCUAGGUUUUAUUGAGGGGAAAAAAAAAAAAAAAGCUCUUCGGAAAUUCAUUUCUCCUUGCUAGUGCUCCAUUACCUCUAUUUUUUCACCACUGUCUUGAUUCCCUUCUAUGACUUUCUAUCUUGAUAGUAGACGACUUCUGAGAGCACCUCAGUAAGUCAGGAAUCCAAAAUUGCAGAGCAUCUCAGAAGAGAGAUUCCUUUUUUUUUCCCUAUUAGCUGCUACUGCUAUUAUGUCCCAUUAGACUCUUUUAAGACACCUUGUGGCACUGCUCUGUCACUGCCCUGUCGCUCCUGCAUUUCUUAGCAUUUCUAACACAGAAUCCUUGUACUGUUCCAGCAGUGAGAGCCAGGGACACCUUCCUGGUGGUGGCUGUGGACCAGGGAGCCCCGUUUCCUCCGAGCAUAGGGAAGUGGUGGUUGCUUCCUGGAGGCAUCUGUAACCGAUACCCCGUCUCUGYGUUUGGCAACCUUAUCUGAGUGUCCUGAGAGGAACUGGUGUCACUUCAGACUAUUGUACAGGAGAAAUACUUGGUGCUGGUAGCUGACAGGCAAGACUCUGCUGUGGGGUGAUAAGUGAGGUUGUUUGUGGCUCUGAAAAUGCUGGGAAUAAUGUUAGUAACUGCAACAGCCAAAUGUCCGUAAGGGCAAUAUUAGCACUUAGAAGCCAGUUGCAGCCAGCUUGGUGCUUUAGCAGGUACCAUCCUGGCGAGCACCUGUGUUGUUCCAGCGGGCACCUGCCCUUGUGAGUUUUGCAUGCAGAUAAACUCUGUGGGAAGGCAGCCUUGUGCCUCCGGGGGAACACAGAACCGAUGGGCUUGAUAAAGCACAGAGCAUUCUCCCGGCCAGGAGGCUGGAUGAAGUAACAUGGGGAAUGUAUCCCAGGGAUAGCUUCUCCACAGCCUCAGCAUUCCUGUUAACCUGUUGCCUGCCAUAAGAGGUCGAGCUAAAUGAGUUAUCUGUGGCAGGAGAAAGUUGGGCAUUAUUAUAUUUUCUAAAUCCAGGAUCCGUAUUGAAGAUUCUGCUGGAGGUUCUCCUGGAGAAGGUAUGUUGCUAAAAAGGGCAAAAAGAAGGUAAGACCUUUCAUUGUGUGCAUGAAGACACUAAAGCUGUUAAACCAGCCCCUUUAACUGACUUUGAGGAAGCUGCUUGUUCCAGGGCAGUGCUCUGCAAGCUGCUGAGUGUUGAGCUCUACCACAGUUGAGACUAGGAGGAGAUUUUGUGGCCAGAACAYCUACCAUACUCUUGGUAGGCUUCUUUUAAGUCACUUUUCACUGUGA